AUGCCGUUCCUGACAAAUGUUUUGAUGGGGAUGCAUCCUGCACCGAACCGACAAAAUCACCGGGGUAAUGAGGAAGAAGAGGUGGCUCCGCCUGAUGGCACAGGUCCCAACGCCGCCAGUGUCAACCCCGACGAUUCCUCAGAUGCCACUCAUGUUCCUGAUAUUGUUGGAUACGAGCCAAACCCCAACAGACAUGAUGCUGCCACUAUGCGCUUCUGUAGGUGCGGCAAAUUCAUCAACCAGUUCCCUCUGGAAAGCCUCCAGUGCGCCAUUCUCAGCCCAUACCAGCAUCCAUCCCAGAGCCACAAGCGGAGGCCUCGAGAUCAGAACGCGUUCGGCGACGGCAGCGAUAGCGAAGACGAUCAGCCUCGGCACGGCGCUCCCGAAGAGGACGCUCCCCCUGAAUUCAAUGUCUACAAGGAUCUCAACAAUACCGGGGUCAGAUACACGACCCUCCUGCAUGGAGCAGCAGAUGAACCGAAGCUAGGUCGAGAAGAGUAUGAAGAAGGCCAUUCGAACCAAUUUUCCAAGACCCAAUCACCCAUCCUCGACUCAGAAAAAUCACCUCAGAACCGGGGCGCAGAUUACUCGACUAUCGCCGAGCCUCUUUCGGCCGCCCCGUCCCAAUCAAGAUUCCAGGUCGACCAGUCCGCUCUUGCUUCCCCCUCCAAACCUCAAGGGAAACUCUCACAGCUGAAAAACUCGAAGAAUCGCUGGAGAAUCGGGUCGAUCGUUGCUUUCGUGGCCAUUGCCUGGUCAGCACCAUCAGGCCACAUCCAUGUCCCUCCCAAGCACUCAAAACAGCUCGAACUCACCCUGUACUGUGCUCGACCUCUCCCUCCACGGCCGGCAGUCCUACCUGCCCACCCUGAUCCGGGGCUUGGUGCCACGCCCGACUCGGUCCGGCUCGCCACUGGUCAACUCGAUCACGAAUUCACUGAGAGCACCAAGAUGAAGAAACUGACGCCGUUGACACUCGAUGUCUGUUUCAAAUACGAGUAUGUCUCCUCCUCCCACCCCUCUUCUCGACCCCUGCUCAUUCUCGCCUCCUCUGACAAGAUGCUCGUGUGUCUGACCACCAGAGCCAAGUUGCCGUCCGAUACGCUCUGGCAAGCCUGUCGGAAAGCCUGCGGGAACAUAGCCGAGUCCACCGUCAACGGCACCAUCGCCCGGCCCUCAGUCCAGCUCUUCCUCCUCAUCGAAUUCAAUGUCCUCGGAAUGUUCAGCACCAGAUAUGAUAGCACUCAGCUGACCAAUGUGGGAUGUCCUGCUAAACGCCCGCCUGGCGCCCCCUCCAAUCUUUCCUCGCUAAUCCCCCAUCUCCUUUCGGUUCUCCCUUUCCUGCAUCGUCCAUUCCUCUCUCACGUCUACCUUUUCCUUUUGGUCCGUUGA